CAAGCCAUUUCUGGUCUUUCGUCGGCGUCUGGAAUUUUUUGCCAACUCGGUGGGUGCUGAUCAGUUUUUACGAAUUUAACGCGGAAGAAGCAUCGUUAGUUGGAAUAUUUAUACCGUGAUUCAUCCUUGCAGUUUUCUAGUUUACGCCAGUUUGUAAGGUAGUCGCAACGCAAAAUUGAUUCAGGUUGAAACAUGGCGGCACAAAUUUCAGGAGUUUUUGAACCGACUUUGCAGACAAAGAUAGCGAAUUCAAAAAUACUGGUUGUUGGCGCCGGUGGAAUCGGAUGCGAAAUUUUAAAAAACUUAGUUCUGUCUGGAUUUCAAGAUAUUGAGAUUAUUGAUUUGGACACCAUCGAUGUCAGCAACUUGAAUCGCCAGUUUUUGUUCCACAAGGAGCACGUCGGAAAGUCAAAAGCCGAAGUGGCACGGGAAAGCGCCCUGAGUUUCAACCCGAACGUCAAAAUUAAGGCCUAUCACGACAGUAUUACAACUGCCAACUACGGUGUCAGUUUCUUUCAGCAGUUUCAGCUGGUGUUAAAUGCCCUGGACAAUCGAGCCGCCCGUAAUCAUGUCAACAGGCUCUGCUUAACGGCUGAUGUUCCUUUGAUUGAAUCCGGUACAGCUGGAUACAAUGGCCAGGUUGAGCUGAUCAAGCGAGGAAUGACACAGUGCUACGAGUGUACGCCGAAGGCAGCGCAGAAAACUUUCCCAGGUUGUACAAUCCGGAAUACCCCUUCGGAACCGAUUCAUUGCAUCGUCUGGGCUAAGCAUUUGUUCAAUCAAUUGUUUGGCGAGAGUAACGAGGACGAGGAUGUUUCACCGGACACCGCAGAUCCAGAAGCUGGAGCAGAAGCAGGCGAAAAUGCCCUUUCAGCUGAAGCUAACGAGAAAGGCAACGUUGAGCGUGUCAACACACGCACUUGGGCCAAUCAAUGUGGCUACGAUCCGGAGAAAAUCUUCAAUAAGCUGUUCUUUGAUGAUAUCAACUAUCUCUUGAGUAUGUCCAAUCUAUGGAAAAGUCGUACCCCACCGAAUCCUGCCAAGUGGGAUGCUUUGGAGGAGGAUGGCGAACCAGCACCUUCCGAUACUGUGCUUCGUGAUCAAAAGGUUCUCAGUUUGACCGAAUCUGCAAAGGUUUUUGCUGAAAGUAUUGGCGCUCUGAAGGUUGAAUUUAGUAAGCUGGCCGAUGGUGAUCAUUUGGUUUGGGACAAGGACGACAAACACGCCAUGGAUUUCGUGGCUGCUUGUGCCAACAUUCGGGCUCAAAUCUUCAAUAUACCACGUAAAAGUCGUUUCGAAGUUAAAUCAAUGGCGGGUAACAUCAUUCCAGCUAUUGCAACAACUAACGCAAUCACGGCAGGAGUUGUAGUUAUGCACGCUUUCCGUGUGCUGAAAGGAGAAUUCGAUAAAUGUCAAUCCGUUUACAUGCGCCUUCGCCCAAACGCUCGCAAUCAACUUUUCGUUCCGGACAGAGCUUUGAAUCCACCGAAUCCUAAAUGUUACGUUUGUGCUGCUAAACCGGAAGUAACUCUCAAAGUAGACACGAAGAACGUAACGGUCAAAGAAUUGCGCGAUGACAUUCUAAUCAAGGCUCUUAACAUGCUCAACCCUGAUGUCAUCCUCGAUGGUAAAGGAACGAUUGUUAUUUCCUCAGAAGAAGGUGAAACCGAUUGCAACAACGAUAAAAAACUUGAAGAGCUACAAAUCAUCGACGGCUGCAUACUCAAGGUCGAUGACUUUGUGCAGAACUACGAACUAACCGUCACUAUCAUUCAUAAAGACCCGGCAAGAGAUGAAGCCAGUUUCGAUAUCGUUGCCGAUCCCGAUAGUCUCAAACCGAAAGAAGACGAACCUAAACCCACAGAAGCAGAAGCUGGACCUUCCACUUCCGGUCAGAACGGAAAAUCGAAAUCGUCUACCAAUGGUUCGAGCACCACACAGGUGGAUGAUGAUGAUGACAUGUGCAUCAUUGAGGAAGACGGCGAAGAAAAGCCUAGCGAAGCCGCGAAUACCGAAACAGAAGAAGCCGGUCCAAGCAGUUCUUCCGUUGCCGAGAAACGCAAAAUCGAUGAUGCCGAUGGACCUUCUUCUACCAAGAAAGCUCGUGUAACUAACGAUCAAGACGAUGAUGACGACCUCAUUAUCAUCAACUAAAUUAUGGAAGUAUAUUUCUUCAAAAAUGUCUUUAAAAACUUAACUAUUGCAAAAGUACGAAAACGUGAUAAUAAAAAUCAACCGACGUCAAAAUAAAUGUAUCUCAAUGGGAAUCCUAAUCCUAAUCGAU